UGCAGGCCAUCGCGGGGGGCGUCCCCGCCAAGGAGAGGGAGUACCCGUUCGUGGCCGCGUUCGUCCGCCGCGCCGGCACGUGCACGGCCAUCGUGUUGACGGAGCACUGGCUGCUCACCGCCGCGCACUGCUACACCAUGCGUGGCCGCUCCGAGACCAACCCCUACCUGACCGACGUGUACGCCGGGCUGGUGGACGUGUCUCGGGGCGCGGUGCACGGCUGCGGCCCGGGCUGCCAGCACCGCGAGUCCCACCUGGUGCACUUCCACCCGCACUUCCGCGCCAGGGCCAGCCGCUCCUCGUACGACGACGCGCACCACAACAACCUGGCCCUGCUGCACGUCAGCAAGGCCUUCUGGCUGGACACGGACUGGGUGCGGGCGGCCGUCAGGGCCCCGGCGCCCACCAAGGUGUGCUCAUGCAAGGUGGUGGGCUUCGGCAUGGGCGGGGUGGGCCCGCACGCCUUCGCGCCGGGCCGCCUGCUCAAGGCCGACCGCGUGCCCGUCCUGCCCUUCAAGCUGUGCCCGCCGUCGCGCGUCACCCCCAUGCCCAGGGCCACGCUCUGCUCCGACUCCAAGGUCGGCGUGGCGCCGUGCCUCGGCGACGCGGGGGCGCCCGUCAUCUGCGACGGCAUGGUGGCAGGGAUGGCGCUGGGGGUGUACGAGAGUCAGUGGGAGUACACGGGCCACACCUUCUACUGCGGCUUCCUCAAGUCGUGCAGCCUGUUCGGACUGUACGCGUCGCUGGAGCCCUACAAGGCGUGGCUGGACAGCGUCGUGUUCCGGUCCUCGCAGGCCGCCUUCACCGGCGCCGCGGCCCAGCUCGGCUUCCUGGGGAUGCGACUCCCCAACGCCAGCCAGGUCGGCGACCCGGACGCCGAGUGUUGAGUGAGGACCCCGUCGUUGGGUGUGCUGCCCGAAUGUUGAUGAGGAUUAAUUGAUCACUGCCAUGAUCGUGAUAUUGGUUUAUACGUGUAAAAGCCAGCCAGUGUGUGUUCACCUGUUUG